AUGAUCCAAGAUGAUACGAGGCAGAUGGUGGAGGGAGGAAAGUGGAAGGGAGGCUAUCAGGUGAGAGGUAGCUACUACAAAGGAGAAUGUAGUAAAUGGAAGAAGCGCAGCAAGAAGGAUACUUCAAUAAAGUUUUGGAGAUGUGAGAACAAGAAUGAAUGCAAAGCCCGUAUUCACACUAAAAACGAUGAAGUAACAAAGGAAUUGAAUCACCAUUCUCAUGGUAGUUCAGCAGCAAGCGUCGAAGUAGCUGAGAUUAAAACGAGUCUAAAGCGUCGGGCUGGAGAAAGCCAAGAUCAACCAUCAACAAUUAUAAAUUCUGGAGCGGAAAAUGUUUCUCAAUCCACUCUAGGAGCCCUUCCAAAGUUGGACGCAAUGAAGCAAAUAGUAAGGAGAAAAAGAAACAAAAUGGACCUCGCCCCAACAAACCCUAUUCGUGUUCGUGAAUUAGUGAUCCCCGAAGAGUACAAAAAUUAUGUGAAGAAUAAUGGUGAAAGUGAAAACUUCUUAAUAGCAGACAGUGGUUAUGAAGAUGAAAGAAUCAUGAUUUUCGGAAGACAGAGCUGGACUGCGUUUUUACUAAAUUCCGAGGUUUGGUAUGCUGACGGAACCUUCAAGUUAGCUCCUCCGUUAUUUGCACAAGUUUAUGUAAUUAUGGCAAAAAGACAUGGAGUUCACCCGGUUUUGUAUGCCUUAUUACCAAAUAAAAGGCGUGCAACUUAUGUACGCAUGUUUCAAAUGAUUAGUGACGAAAUUCCUGGAUUAAACCCAAGCAGAAUAUCGUGUGACUUUGAACAAGUAGCUAUAUCAGCAAUGGAAGAAUGUUUUCCAGGAGUAGUGAUACAAGGUUGUUUCUUCCAUUUAGCACAUAACGUACAUAAGCAACUUGAACAAAUUGGGCUUCAAGUUUUAUAUAAUAAUGAUUCUGAAUUUGAUUUAAAAGCAAAAAUGAUCGUAGCCUUGUGUUUUGUGCCUAUUUCUCAUUUGGAUACUUACAUCGAUGCCUUGUCAGAAGACUUGCCGCAAGAGCUUCAAUCACUUAUUAACUGGUUUAAGGAUAAUUACGUUGGACGACCCAUGAGAAGACCCGAACAGAAACCUAAUGACUUGUCAGAGCUCGGGCUCUUAUUGGCUCUUUCAUGGUAA